AGAAGUCUCUUUAUUUAUUCUUUCUCAAUCAAUUUAUUCCGAAGGAAGCGAAGCCAAACUACACGAACUGGAUUGCAAAAGCCAGGGGACCUCUGUCCAAAGCAGACUUGCGAGAGGCUUUUAUCGCACCUUCAACCUCUGGGGAAAGGAGGAAACAGUCCCGAUAGCUAAAAGGGAAAUGAGAUCAGUUCUCAAGGCAUUGCAGAAGCUGGGCUCGGUCUCGGCUGCCCAGCGAUACAGACAGUCCGGUGCCCUAGCUCCGACUUCCUCCUUCCGCAGACGGCCAUGGGGCGCCGGACUGGUCUGCUCUGUGUCUGCUUCGCGUUGCAGUUGAUGGGGGCACCGGCGCAAGCGAGUAAGGACCGCGAGGAAGAGGCUGGCAGCGCGGAUUUCCAGAGCCGCCUGCAGUACGAGCAUUUGCAGAAGCAGCUCGGGGCCGUGCGGGACGUUUCCCACCGGUACUGGAACUCGCUGGCUUGCCAGUUGUGGCAGGAAGGCUGCGAGGAAGAGGAGGAAGGCAGCAGAGGCAUCCUGGAACAGCACGAUUGGAAGUUACCCAUGGUGACAGAAUUAGUCUCUACCUGGUACUGUGGCUUUGGCAGGUGCUGCCCAACAGGAGACUGCAGAGUGGUCAACAAUAUCACAGGCUUGGAACUGGUUCUGAGCAAACGACUCCAUGGCCAACAUUUGGCAAAAAAAAUUGUCCUGAAAGCCAUUCGGGGUUUCUUGGAAAAACGACAGCCAGAGAAAGCACUAACUCUUUCUUUUCAUGGCUGGUCUGGUACUGGCAAGAAUUUUGUAGCUCGUUUAAUGGCAGAACAUCUUUAUCGAGAUGGCCUAAAAAGCGACUGUGUUAAAAUUUUUAUCUCAGUACUUCAUUUCCCUCAUCUCAAUUACAUGGACCUUUACAAGGUUGAGCUAACAAAACAAAUCACUGAGACAGUCGGACUCUGUGAACAAUCCUUGUUCAUCUUUGAUGAAGCAGAGAAGCUUCAUCCUGUUCUCCUCAAUGCCCUCGAACCAUAUGUGGGUCACAAUGGCAACACUGACGAGGUUGAUUACCGGCAGUCAAUCUUCUUAUUCCUGAGUAACACUGGUGGAAACAUCAUCAAUAAGGUGGCCCUGGAUUUCUGGCAAGCUGGUCAAGCUAGGGAGGAGAUCACCAUGGAAUAUUUAGAACAACUCCUGCGGAGGGACCUGCUGGAUGCCCCAGAUGCCCGCAACUUUCUUCUUCAGAAGAACCUCAUAGACUUUCUGGUCCCUUUCCUGCCUUUGGAAUAUCACCAUGUGAAGCUGUGUGCUCGGGAUGCUUUUCUUGCUCGAGAUCUACAGUUCACUGAAGAGAUGCUAGAUGAGGUUGCAAGGACAAUAUUUGCUCCCAAGGGGAAUAAAUUAUUUUCUGCUCAAGGUUGCAAAUCAGUAUCUCAGCGUAUAAACUAGUUUCUUCUUUGACAGGGGGAAGGUGAAGAUUGAAAUUGAGUUUCUUUUAUCUUAUACAAGGGACAUAUAUUUUAUUUAUUACACUAAUAGUGUAAUAUUACCUGUGUUCUCCAUAUUAUUGGGGUUGCUCAGCUAAAAAAGGUAAGAAAACUCCAUUACAGAUAUCGAAUCUACAUGAAUGGUAUUACUGAAAUAGUAAUAUAUCCAGAGUAUUUUUCCAAUACUGGUUACAAAUGAUGCCUUUGGGUCAUAUUGUUUAUGACCAUUAUAUUGAGUGGGUUUUUAAGACAGCUUGGAGAGAAAACAUGUGAGGCUGACUUAACAUGUGAGGCUGACUUAAUUUUAUUCCAGGUCUUAGAUAGCUAACAAUGAUUUGAAUCAAACAAAUUCUUAGUUUGCAUUCUUAGUGCAGUGGCUGGGCAAGGAACUAUCAUAUUCCCUUACAAUGAAAUCUACCUCUUCCACAAUCCUUGUGUCGAAUUAAGGUAUGGAGGAAAUAUUUUGUCCUUUAUUAGUGGCCUGGUGUCACUAAUUUUUCAUUUUAUAUAUAUUUAAUAUCUAUCUAAAUAUUUCACAUGAAUAUACAUAUCAAAAGACAAAAUAUGAAAUAUGAAAGUUAAAAAGGAGGAAUUUAAAUUGCAAGCCUUUGCGGACGACU